AUGAUUAAAGAAGAAGUCCAGGGGGCGACGGAGGAGGAGCAGCAGGCCCAGUCAAAGAAAGCUCUCAAAAAACAGCAGAAGGAAGCGGAGAAAGCUGCGAAGAAGGCUGAGAAACAGGCCAAGCUGGCUGCCGAUCAACCAACCUCAGAGGAAGAUGACUUUGCCAAGGACCGCUAUGGUGUGCCUGCAAUGGUCCAGUCUCAACAAAAACUGGACAGAACCUUGGUGAAGGUGGAGGAUUUGACUGUGGCAAAGGCUGAUCAGCUCCUGUGGAUCCGGGCUCGAGUUCACACAAGCCGAGCCAAAGGGAAGCAAUGCUUCUUGGUCCUGCGUCAACAACAGUUCAACGUGCAGGCUUUGGUCGCAGUGGGAGACCGUGCCAGCAAGCAGAUGGUCAAGUUUGCCGCAAACAUCACCAAGGAAAGCAUCGUAGACGUGGAGGCGGUGGUGCGCAGAGUGGAGCAGAAGAUCGAGAGUUGCACCCAGCAGGACGUGGAGCUUCACAUCGAGAGGAUUUUCGUCAUUAGCCAGGCCGAGCCACGUCUGCCCCUGCAGCUGGAUGACGCGGUCAGACCCGACGGAGAUGGAGAGGAGGAAGGAAGAGCCACUGUGAACCAGGACACCAGACUGGACAACAGAGUUAUUGACCUCAGGACGACCACCAGCCAGGCCGUGUUCCGCCUGCAAAGUGGCGUGUGCCAGCUCUUCAGAGACACACUCACCAACAAGGGCUUUGUGGAGAUCCAGACCCCCAAAAUCAUAUCAGCUGCCAGUGAAGGUGGAGCAAACGUCUUCACCGUGUCGUACUUCAAGACGAGUGCCUACCUGGCCCAGUCUCCGCAGCUCUACAAGCAGAUGUGCAUUUGUGCUGAUUUUGACAAGGUCUUCUGUGUGGGUCCAGUUUUCAGGGCAGAGGACUCCAACACCCACCGUCACUUGACUGAAUUCGUGGGUCUUGAUAUCGAGAUGGCGUUCAACUACCACUACCACGAAGUUAUCGAGUCAAUUACCGACACGAUGGUGCAGAUCUUCAAGGGACUACGAGACAACUUCCAGACAGAGAUCCAGACGGUGAAUAAGCAGUUCCCCAGUGAGCCUUUUAAGUUCCUGGAGCCCACGCUGAGGCUGGAGUUUCAGGAGGCGGUGGCCAUGCUGCGCGAGGCCGGUGUGGAGAUGGGAGACGAGGAGGACCUGAGCACUCCAAACGAGAAGCUGCUGGGUCGCCUUGUGAAGGAGAAGUACGACACAGACUUUUACGUGCUGGACAAGUAUCCUCUCGCCGUCAGACCGUUCUACACCAUGCCUGAUCCCAGCAAUCCUAAAUAUUCAAACUCGUACGACAUGUUCAUGAGAGGAGAGGAGAUUCUGUCUGGAGCUCAGAGAGUCCACGAUGCUCAGCUGCUCACGGAGAGGGCCACGCACCACCAGAUCGAUCUGGAGAAGAUUAAAGGUUAUAUUGAUUCCUUCCGUUACGGAGCUCCACCCCACGGCGGCGGAGGCAUCGGUCUGGAGAGGGUCUGCAUGCUGUACCUUGGUCUCCACAACGUUCGCCAAACCUCCAUGUUCCCACGCGACCCUAAACGCCUCACGCCUUGA